AUGAUUGAAGAAUUACAAGAAGAGUUUAAUGAGUUAAAUGGACAAACCAACCAAGUAGAAGACAAUGAAACCAGUUUACCACAACAAGACAAUGAAAUCUCUAAUAAUCAAUUGGAAUUUGAUAAAUAUCUUGCUAUAACUCAAAUAGAACAAACUGAAGAAAAUAAUCUACUAACAUGGUGGAAGCAACAAGAAUUAACUUUUUCUAUGCUCUGCUUACUUGCAAGAAAGUAUCUUUUUAUUCCUGUGUCUUCUGUUCCUUCUAAAUGCCUAUUUUCAGAU